AUGGUCCUGCUUGAUUUGCCAUCCAUCGGCUCGCAGGUGGUGAGGAAGGCUCCCGCCAGCUACACGAAGAUCGUGGUCAAGGGCAUGACGCGGGCCGAGAUGAUCCUCAAGGUUGUGAUGGCCCCCCAUGAGCCCGCUGUGGUCUUUGUGGACAACUACAUCAAACUCCUCUCCGACUGCACCACGGACACAUUCCAGAAGAUUCUGGAGAUGAAGGGUCUCAAGCGAAGCGAGCAAAGCAGCAUGUUGGACUUAUUCCGUCAGAGGCUCCCGGCGCUUCCCUCGGGCGCGGAAACGGGCGGCUGCGUCUCCCUGACAGCCCCCACGCCCGAGCAGGAAUCUUCCCGCAUCCGCAAGCUGGAAAAACUGAUCAAGAAGAGACUCUAG